GUACUAGAAAAGGAGGUGAUGAAGAAGAAGUCCCUCUCCUUAGAAGUAUUCCCCAUGGUCCUCUACAGACUAGGUCGUGAACCUGACCCAGCAACACGUCUCACAAUACUGUACACUCUGCCAUCAUUAGCAGUUAAUAAGCUAUGUGUUGCAUUGGUGCUGAAGACUCUCCUUGCUCUGUGGGGGUCUGGUUCCCUGCGCCCACUUGUCCUGCGUCUCGUGUAUGAUCUGUGGACAGUAGAACCUCGAACUUACUCAUACCUGUCACAGCUGAUUAACGAUAGGUCAAUAAAUUCUGCAGAAGUUCAGAUUGCAAGGGCAUUUGUUGUCACCAGCAUUUGUAAAUCAAAACCUUCCCAGCAUGGCGAGGAAUUGCUGCCGCUGCUCUCAAAGGUGUUGAAUGAAUGCCGUGGUAAUGAGGGGACAGCUCAAGCCUUGAUAGCCCUUGAUGGUAUAUAUGCUUUAUGCUCCAACCAAGUCAUAGACUUGCGGACCACUUGGCGAGUUAUUGCUCCUAAAUUGGUGAGAGACAAUAGGCCUGAAAUUACUGUAAAAUUAUGCAAUCUCCUAGGGCUUGUCCCAACACUCCAUGUAGAAAGCUCAGAGUAUGAGAAAUUCACAGAGAACUCUCUUAUAAUUCUGUGGAAUUGGGUCAGUCAUCAUCAUAGCUUAGAUGUAGUGGAAGCAGCAUAUAAGUCACUGGAAAAUUACAAAUAUGGCAGUUAUACCCUGAGAAUGUUACCAAAAUAUGCAAGGGAGGGACACCAGUUGCCACCUAGCAUGGCCGCAACACCCUUUGAAGCUGCACGUAACCCAGUGGAUGUCUUGGAUUAUGUCCCUGCUGUAGGCUGGAUUAAGUUGAUGAAGGGAUGUCCAGAAUCCCACAUCCCACAUGUGCAGAACUUCAUUAAAUCUCUAGUUGCACGAGAAGUAGCUGGACUUCCAAAAGGAAUCUACAUGACAGCCGUUCAGGAGGCAAAGCGCAGAGGUGUCAAAGGUAGUGGUGGUCAACCAGAGCCUCCUUCAUACAGUUUCCUUAAAGACACCUCGAUAUUGAGAACUCUUGUGAAUUUCCUAAUAGACUUCCCUGAUAUGUUGGAAAACUGCUCAGAAACUGCUCAGAAGCAGAGAUUGCUAAGGUGUGCUGUGUUAGCAAUGGAAUCUUUGGGUCAGCCAUUGCCACGGCCAUAUCCAGCUUUAGAUUGGAUAUUUUUGGAAAAGGUACUUUAUGCAGCCCAGUCAGUUUCAAAUACAGAUUGGACAACAAGAAUUCGACAUAGUCUCUUUAGAAUUGCUGCAAGACAGAGUAAUAAGUCCCCCUCUGCAUGUAACCUGGUAAGCCAGUGGAUGGUACCAGCACCAACCAAUGGCUUAACCAAAGAAGAUGAAAUUACACUUUUUGGGCUGUUAGACCACAUUGGUCGUGGAGUCCCUCCAAACUUCUUGCAGCCUUUCAUAGCAUACAUUUUCCAACAACGCAUAUCUGAUCCAAAACAUAUGAAAGCUAUAUUAGAGUCGGUAAAACCAGUCCUUACUGCUGACUUCAUCUUUGACACUAAUAGAAAUGUUUUGAGUAAUGCUAUUGAACAUCUAAAUGAAAAUAUGGACCCUACAGAUGAAGACGUUUAUAACACCUACAAGGCAUGUGUUGCUGACCUACCACAAAAGCACAUAGAACGACUAACCUCUCCAUCACUUUGGUGGGAAGUUACAAAUGAGAGACUGUACAGAGCAGCUGUGCUACGUUGCCAUGUAGCAGAGAAGGAUCCAGAGGAAAUGGCUCUGCCCUGGCUCAAUGACUUAGUAGACUCUGCAGCUUCUUUGCCUGGUGAUCGCUCGCAUUUGCUUAGUGUCAUGUCAAACACUUUAGUAACUAGGUGCCACGUAAAUGAGAGCACCUCAUGGUUCUUGCAGCUACUAGGACGACUGAGAGAUCACCUGAAGAGAAAGACAGACGAUAACCUUGUUGCAGUGCAUGAGCAGCAGCAGCGCAUUACUUUCUACCUUGAUCUUUUGGUUAUGGGUCUUAUUGUGUGGUCAGGCUUAUGGGCCACAAAUCAUAUGCAGGUCCUUGCAGAGACUUCAGCACUGCGAGAUCGCCUUCUCCUUCCUUCCUUGGUGACGCUUUCGGGUCAACCUGCAUGGGUUCAGACUCUCAGUCAGUUUCUUAACUGGAUGGUUUCAUGCCAUACCCUCUUACAGGAUUAUAAUGCAUCUCGUUAUCACCUUGCCUCACCCACACUCCUCCUUGCCACGCUCAACCCAAGUAUUUCUCAGAUUAUGUGGAAUAAAGUUAUUGCUAUGCUUGUAUAAAGAUCAAAGAAUCUUCUCUGUAACAUGAGAUAUUUAUUCAUUAUCAAUUUAAAAGAAUUGCAUUAUACAGUGUAACUUUGCAUGUGUUUAUAUGGCUUUACAAUUCAAGGGGAAUGAGAAGCUUGCAAAUUAUUUGAGGUGUUGGCCAAGAUGAGAGAUCGAGGAACCUCUGAAGUUAAAGCCUGUAAAUGUCAGAAAUAUAACCAUAAUUAUUGACUGCUGUUAUGUGUUUCAUAGGUUAUCUUGCUUGAUUCAUUCUUCAAACUGUAUGGUUACAAAAUAUGUUAUAUUGGAAAAAUAGGAGUAUUAAUGUAUUCCAGUCAUGUUACUUGUCUUCCAAUGUAAUGGAUCAUUUGUUGUAAUUGCUUUAAAGGAGAACAUAUGUGUAGAUGUAUAUUCUGUUAUAUCUUCAACACAUAUAAAUUGAUUAGAUAUUUUCAUUUAUGUAUUAUCUAUGAGUGAUAAUAAAAACACAAGUGGCAUUUA